GCCCGCACCGUGUACUCGAGGCGCCACAGGGCAACUCGAGCUCCUGUGGUGAGAAGGCGAACCGACACAACGGCCUCAUCCGCGACAAUCUCCGCCAAUUGAUUCGGACGGGCACUUUCCACCGCCACAAUGGUGCGGCAGUCAUCCCGCAAGGCAGCACAGGCGAAGACGAAGGCGACGGCGGCCGUGGCCCAGGGCGAAUCCGAGUCCAAGGUCGAAGUCGACACAAAAACUCCCAAGCGAAAAGCCGCCCGCAUCGAGCCUGAAGCCGACGGCGAAGACGCCGAAAACAUCGAUCCCGUCGAAGAGAACGACGGGGGGACGAAGCCAGCAGUCAAGAAACGCAAAGCCGCCUCCAAAAAGGACGUCGACGACACCAUGCCGCUGGCAGCCCGGACCGCCGUCACCUCGCUCAAACACGCCAUGCACAUUGGCGCUCACGUCUCUGGUGCCGGCGGUGUGCAGAACGCGAUCCAGAACGCCGCGCACAUCGGCGCCAACGCCUUCGCCCUCUUCCUCAAAUCGCAGCGGAAAUGGACGAGCCCGCCUCUUGCCGACGAGGCCAAGACGCAAUUCCACGCCAUGCUUGAGCAGCACGGCUACGACGCGCGCAAGCACAUCCUCCCGCACGGCUCGUACCUCGUCAACCUCGCCCAGGCCGACGCGGCCAAAGCCACCCAGGCCUACGACAACUUCGUCGACGACCUCCAGCGGUGCGAAGCCCUGGGCAUUGGCCUUUACAACUUCCACCCGGGCUCAACCGGCGGCACCACCAUGGACUCGGCCUGCGCGCGCAUCGCCGAGCAGCUCAACAAGGCUCACAAGGCCACCUCCACCGUGGUCACCCUGAUCGAGAACAUGUGCGGCAGCGGCAACGUGGUCGGCUCGCGCUUCGAAGACCUGCGCGACAUCAUCGCGCUCGUCGAGGACAAGUCGCGCGUGGGCGUGUGCAUCGACACGUGCCACGCCUUCGCGGCCGGGUACGACCUGCGCACUCCCGAGGCCUUCGCCAAGACCAUGGCCGAGUUCGAUUCGGUCGUGGGGCUUAAGUACCUGCGCGCGUUCCACCUCAACGACAGCAAGGCGCCCUUCAACUCCCAUCGCGACCUGCACGCCAACAUCGGCACCGGCUUCCUGGGCCUGCGGGCGUUCCACAACAUCAUGAACCACGCGCCGCUGCAGGGCAUGCCGAUGGUGCUGGAGACGCCCAUCGACGAGAAGGGCCCGGACGGCAAGACGGUGGAGAACAAGCAGAUCUGGGCGGACGAGAUCAAGCUGCUCGAGAGUCUGAUCGGGAUGGACGUCGAGAGCGCCGAGUUCAGGGAGAAGGAGGCGGAGCUGCAGGCGAAGGGGGCUGCGGAAAGGCAAAAGAUCCAGCUUCAGGUCGACAAGAAGGCGGAAAAGGACGCCAAGAAGGGCACCAAAGGCAAGAAGGGCAAAAAGAAGACGGAUGAGGACUCGUACGACGAGAGCGACUAGAUGGAGGAGGUGAAACCCUCUUUUGUUCACCAUCGCCAUGCAUCUCGGCGUCCAUAUCUAAUUUGCUUUUGACUGGGUGGUAAGGGGAUACGUCAGGCGGAGAAUCACGCCGUGUGUACAUGCAUAACUGGAGGAGCUCUACAGGAUAGGGCAGAAAGGGAGCCGGGUUCGGACA